AUGUUCCAACCGAUCAGACUCGGGCUUUUGGCGGUCUUGUCGCUGGUGUUGAUUAUCACUCAUCUGCCCAAAGCAAACACUUCGCCUUUGGAAUUAUUCGAGCGGGAUCCCCAUCCGAAUGCCGGUCAUGGGUCGCAUCAUGGAGGAAUCGAGCCUGGAAAAUUGGGCGCUAUUGCGAGCGAAAGCUCAGUGUGUUCCCGUCAUGGAUCCGAUAUUUUCAAGAAGGGCGGAAAUGCCGCUGAUGCUGUCAGGAUGUAUCACAGUGGAAUUGGUGGCGGUGGCUUCAUGCUCGUGAGAUCAGCCAAUGGGAGCUACGAAUUUAUCGAUUUCCGAGAGACGGCUCCAGCUGCGGCCUUCGAGGAUAUGUAUAAGAAUAACGAGGACGCCUCAAUUCAUGGCGGGCUGGCGAGUGGAGUACCAGGAGAAGUGAGAGGGCUUGAGUACCUGCAUAAGAACUAUGGCUCUCUUCCAUGGGCGACCCUUCUAGAGCCGGCGAUUCAAACAGCCCAUGAUGGGUUCCCCGUCACGGAAGACCUGGUCAAAUACAUGGAAUCUUCUGUUGGCAAUGGCGAGGAUUUCCUUUCCAAAGAUCCUACAUGGGCAAUCGAUUUCGCUCCGAAUGGAACUCGUCUUGGGCUGGGCGAUACGAUCACUCGACGCCGGUAUGCGGAUACUCUUGCAGCGAUUGCGAAGCGUGGCCCCGAAGCAUUCUACUCCGGACCCAUCGCGGAGACCAUGAUCGAUGCGUUGCAGAGUGAAAAUGGCACAAUGACGCUUGAUGAUCUGAGCAAUUAUACCCUGGCUAUUCGGGAUAUCACCCAGAUUGACUACCGCGGCUACAAGGUUACGAGCACGUCGGCUCCGUCGAGUGGUAUUGUUGCUCAGAGUAUCUUGAAGAUUGUCGGAACAUACAACGAUUUCUUCACGACUAAGGAUUCCGUGAACUUGAGUACCCACCGGCUAGACGAGGCGAUGCGAUUCGCCUAUGGUCAGCCGGGCUGGAAAGCUUGGAUACCCGAUCACUCUGGUCUCGCCAUUUCGGUAAUUACCACGAUCAAUCUGCUCUUCGGCAGCCAUGUCAUGGUCCCAGAAACCGGUAUCAUCAUGAACAACGAGAUGAAUGGCUCAUCGAACUCAUUCGGAUAUAUCCCCUCCGAGUCCAACUAUGUUCGUCCUGGAAAACGCCCUCUCUCCUCUAUAACGCCGGCGAUAGUCGAACGUCCCGACGGCAAAUUAUUCUUGAUUGCAGGAUCCGCAGGAGGCAGUCGCAUCAUCACCGCUACAGUACAGAACAUCAUCCAUUCUAUUGACCAAGGACUUUCCGCUGCCGAAGCAUUGGCCAGCCCUCGUCAACACGACCAGCUCGUGCCAAACCAAGUUAGCUUUGAGUACGCUUUCGAUAACGCAACGGUUGCCGAUAUGAAAUCUCGUGGCCACAAUGUUACAUGGGUUGCGCCAGGACAGAGUAGUGCCCAGCUUAUUCGGGUCUUGCACAAUGGGACAUUCGAUGCGGCCGGUGAGCCGAGACAGCUCAACUCGGCCGGGUAUUCCGUAUAA